UCCCUCGGACACAGCGGAUCACCGAUCCACGGAAAGAGCCAAAGAUGUCAGCUCGGUCAUGUGAUCAGCUGUGUCCAAUCACAGCUGAUCGCAUGGGACAUGUACACAGAUCAUCAGAGCACUGAUGAUCAGUGUGCUCUGAUGAUCAGUGUGGCCCCAGCAGUGCCACCUGUCAGUGUCCAUCAGUGCCAACUCUCAGUGCACAUUCAUGCCACCUGCCAGUGCCCAUCAGUGCCACAUCAAUGUCACAUAUCAGUGCCUACUAGUGCACAUCAAUGCCACAUAUCAGUGCCCAUCAGAUCUGCCAGUCAGGGCCACCUAUCAAUGCCAGUCAGUGCCACCUAUCAGUGC